AUGGGUCAAAAUCUAUCGACAGGGAACUACUCUCCAUAUAUCUUGGAAAUCCCUUCUAUGGGGACUUUCCAAGGAUCUCAAAUCAUGAAUCCAAGAACCGGAAACAUAACCGUAAAAAGAUUUUGCCAGGUGCCAUAUGCUUAUCCUUGUGAAGGACCAACAAGAUUUACAUUACCAAAAGAAUUACCCAAAGACUUUGAUUAUACUGGGGAUUACACUGAAAUGGGGCUGAAAUGUCCACAACCGGCAGUUGCAAAUCCACAUUUCAGAUACUUUAAGUCACCUUCCAAGGAAUUUAUUCAAUACAACAAUAUUUUCGUUCCUGCAUCAGAUAAACACAAGCCUGCAGAUGGAUGGCCUGUUUUGUUUUAUAUACAUGGUGGUUGGUUGCAGUAUAAUUCUCCAAAUAACGAUUCAUUUAACGUUGCCGAAUUUUUUGAUGACGAGGAAUUCAAAGAAAAAUUUAUUUUGGUAGUUCCAGGAUACAGAUUGAACAUGUUCGGCUUCUUAUCGUCAAGAGAAUUACUUGAAGAAAACCCGAAAAACUCAAAUUUUGGGUUUUGGGAUCAGAGGUUAGCAUUAGAAUGGACAUAUAAACACAUUCCCAAGUUUGGUGGCAACCCAGAGAAGAUAACCGUCGGUGGAAUUUCUGCAGGUUCGUACUCCACUUUCUUUCAACUAGCUUACGAGCUGUACAAUCCGCACAUAACCCAGAUAAUUAAACAAGCAGCAUUCUUCUCCAACUUGGUUUAUAUCCAACCGAAGAGUGUAGAUGAAACACAAGAACAAUUUGACGAAAUUAUCCAGAGGUUAAAUAUUCCGUAUUCAUGUGCAUCUGCAGAGAAAUUACGAAGGCUAAGAGAACUAGACACCGAUUUUAUUGAAGAUUUUAUUCCUACAUUAGACUUACACACCUUUCGAGCAGUAACAGAUGACUACUUUAUCUCGCCGGAAAUAAUCAAAGACUUUUAUACCGGGAAAUUUGGGGCUUUAGCUAAAGAAAAGGGGGUUCGGAUUUUGAAUGGUGAGGUGGAUAAUGAAUGUUUGAAGUAUUCAUUGCUUAAUACCCCUAAAACUAUCGAAGAACUUCCUGUACAGGUUGAAAAUUACUAUCCCAAAGUCGUUAUCCCUACUUUACUCGACCUAUAUGAAGCGAACAUACAGGACUUUGAAGGUUUCGUAGGAAAAGAAUUGGAUGAGCAACUGAGAAUUAAAUAUGGCGCAAUUAUUGGUGAAGGGCAGGUUUAUGCAUCCUCUAGAGGAUUUCUCAACAACUUAGUUGAGGCAGGAUUUCCCGAAAGUGACAUCUUUCGUUACAAGAUCAGUUUUAGGGCAAAAUGGCUCGAUGAGCACCUGGAAAAAGAUUGGAAGGUUCCACAUGCAGGUGAUUUUACUGUUUGGUUCUUCAAUAUGCACAAAGGAUAUACCGAUUGUGAAAGAAAGGCUGUCAAUGCAUGGCUCCAACCGUAUGUGAAAUUCUUAAACUUUGAAUCACGUAUUGAAGAGUGGCCAACUGAAAAUGUCAGGAGAAUCAGAUUGUUCAAUACCGAUGGGACUUCAGAAAUGAUUGAAGAUGAUGACUGGGAAUGGGGGGUCAAAGUUGCCAAUGCAAUCUACGAAGUCCAAAUUUAA